GGACAUUCGCGUGAGAGUGCGCAAGAUCGUUCUCAGAAUUCAACCAGUUACAUACCCGACGUCCACUUGCUGGAGACGUAGAUCAACAGUGUGAGCACAGUCCGGGAGCUUCCCGUGCCCCGUCACAUUCCUUCCGCAGUUCCACACGCGUAGCCCCGUCUGGGACGCGCAUUGGCAUCUCGUAUGGUCAUGGCGAUGACAGCGACGGCGGCUCCUCCUCUACUCCCGCAGUGGAGGUCAGAAUCACCGGGACCGGAUUGCGCAACACUCCGUCACCGCCUGGAAAAGCUGGGCUACAAGGAAUAUCUCCCACCAGAUGCUGUCCCUUUGGUUAGAAAGUUACUUGCAGAUUUGGUAGUGACGACCGAGACGUGCCGAAAGUCAAAGAUAGAAACAGACAAGUGGAAGGCCGAUGCGGCUGCAAUCCAGGCUCAGGUGUCACCUUUACGGAGUGAGAUAUCUCGGCUCACAGCGGAGAAUAAUCACCUUCACCACGAUAUAGUACGAUUGGCCGACGAGCGUGAUGCCCGUGAGAAGCGAACAGCGCAAGCAGCGCGCCGUUUCGAGUCGCAAACAGCAGAUCUGAGAUUCGUGGCAUCACAGUAUGCGCACCGUGUCGAGGUCGAGCAACAGCGGGUGGAGGAAGCACGUGCGAAGACAGAAGAGGCACUCGCAAAGCUGGGGCUAUUUGAGAAGGCGAUUGCCGAAAGCAAGGUUAACGCAAAGAGCACUGGCAAAGGGAAAGGGGACGCAGCUGCGAGAGCGGAAAAGCUGUUUCAAAGACUGCAGAAGAUUGAUAUUGAGACUGGCCUUGAGCCACUUCAAAAUCCCCCGGUGCACUUUCCUCCCCCUGAUCCAAUGAUCGCGGAUAUGGUCAAGCUGGCGGAGGGUCGCAUUGCAAAUCUGGGAAAAGCCAUGGACCUGCUAUCCGCCAAAAACCUGGAUCUGGAAAAUGAGCUCGACCUCAUUCGAAAGAAACUUGAAAAUCGAGAGCAAGAGAUGGAGCGGCUUGGUGCUCAGCUCGAGAUUGCACGUGCGCAGCAGUUUAGUACCGUCCCGCUGAGCAGCGGUACCCGGGAAGGAGGCGUAGACGGGAAAGUGCAGAACAUUCAGGAUCUUAACGUUGCAAGACAGCGGAUCGAGCAAUUGGAGAUGCAGUUAGAAUAUCUGCAGGAGCACGUGGAGGGACUUGAAAAAGAAAUCAGUGCUCAUGAUGAAGAGAAACAGAAUUUGUACGCUACUCUUGAUGCAGAAAAGCAAUCUCUCGCCCAACAAUUAGCCCGUGAACGUGACCGAACGAAAGGCUUAAUGAAUAGUGUGGACAAGCUUGAACGCAUGGUUGAGCAAAACGAUGUUAUUCGAGAAAAAGGCAUCCGACAGGACGCCAAGAAAAGACGGAGCAUGAGCCCCGAAAAGCAGAAGCCCGAAUCUGACUCUGCGGAGGAGACUUCUGGUGUGACGGCCAAGGCAAAUGCAAAUGAGGAGCGACGUCAGGUUAAGAGGUUACAAGAUGAGGUCGAAGCCCUCAAAAACGAAAAUGCGCGAUUAUCGGAAUAUAUGCGAACUCGGCCACCAGAACAGGUUAUACCGCCAGUUUCCGGGGACAGUACUCGACGUCAGGAAGAGCGGGAUCCAAGUUUGCCUCAGCAAAUCCAGAAGCUUAAGGACGAGAAAGCUUCGCUCACUAUCCGAUUAAGGGAAACUGAAGCACAGAAGUGGGCUUUAGAGACCGAUUUCAAAUCGUUACAAGGACAGAUUGAGCAUGCAAGUAAACUGGAAAGUGAACUGGUCUCUUUAAGAACUCGCGCGCAAGUGCUGCAGAGAGAGUUGGCCACUCAGCAAAUUGAGUGCAAUCAAACGACCAGGAACCUGGAAGUGGCCGAGAAGAUAAAGGACGAGGCUCUAGCCAACCAAACGCGACUUGCAACUAGUCUGGAUGCCGUACAGCGAGAGCGUGACGAUUUAAUUCUUGUGCUACAGAAAUUCGAGAUGCAACUGACUGAUGUGCAAAGCUGCGUCGAGAUCGUCACGGCUGAUCGCGACAACAUUGCGGCACUUUAUACCCAGGUCACAGAAGAAUUACACCUACUUCGCAGCAAUCCCUCUCUCCAAGUGCCAAAGGGUCAGGUCCCUCCUCCACGACCAACUGCACCUCCCGAACCUUCUGCCCCAGUGCUAUCACCCGAAACUGGAGAGCCGCAACGCACUGUAGACUUUGCGCAAUGGACUGACAGUCAACAAAAAAUACGUCAGCUUGAAGAAGAGGUGCAGCAGCUACAGCAAGACCUUAAGGCCGCGGUGCAUCGGCAACGAGAGAUUGGCACUGGAGCUGAUGAUGUAGUACAGCAUCUUCAUGGGGAGUGUGAAAGCUUACGGGCUGCGCUGGCGAUAAAGGAACGUGAUAAUGCGGAACUCCAAGACCGUUUGCGAACUGCUGAGAAGCUAGGGGAGAACAUGCAGCUGGACGCGGAAGACCUUCGACGACGAGAAGAAGCUCUGCGUAGCCGGAUUUCUGAAAUGGAGGCAGAACGCGAUCGCGGGAGCUUCCAAGUACGAGAUUUCCGCUCAAAGGUUACUGAUCUCGAACUGCGGUUGUCGCGGGCGACAGCAGAAUGCGAACGUUUCCGGAAAGAAAUGGAAAUGCAAGCCCGUCAGUUAGCGGAGCAGCGGCAACUUCUAGUGGAGGUUGACGGUGAAAGGGACAAAGACAGAGCUGAGAUGGAUCGAAAGUGUGAACGAAUUGUCGAAUUGGAGGGCAUUGUCUCAAAUCUGCAAAACGGAACGCUGGCUGCGGAACAAGAUAUUGGAAAUCUUCGCGAACAGGUCGAUCUCCUGAACCAUCACCUAAAUGAGCGGGAUGCAGAAGUCGGGGCGCUUAGAACAAAGGUUGAAAAUUUAAUAGGCGACCGCGAUCGAUGGGCGGCAGAAGCACAGCGCAACGGCGAAGAGGCGCGCAAUGUGGGUAUGGACCUCGCGGCGUUGACAAGAGAGAAUCAAAUGUUAAACGGAGAGCUAGCGGAGGUCGCGAGCGACCGAGAAAGACUACGAGCGGAACUAGCGGAGACUGAAAGACAAGUGCAGCUUCUUGACGAGCUUGUUCAGGCGAAGGAUCAGGAGCGGGAACGCCUCUUUGCUGCAUACAGAAAGCUUGUGGCUGAACAUGAGCGGCUUGAUGUGGGUGUGCGCCUGGCGGGAGAGGAGAGCAAUAACAUGAGAAUGGAGGUCAUCCUGAGGGACAAGAGAGUACAGCAACUACAAAAAGCUCUAGAUGAAGCGGCUGGAGAGGUCACAAAGUAUAAGAUUGACUUGGCCGCGUUCGAAAAACAGUGCAAUAAUCUGUCAAGGUCACUGGCGACGGCAGAGCGGGCCAUUCGCCAUCUAGAGUCGGACAAGCAGCGCCUGCUCAGAGAUAUCGCGGCAGCCCGCGAUUUAGCCCUUUCCCUUGAGCGUCAUAAGGAAGAGCUGCAAAAGCAGCUUACCAGUGUGACGCUAGAGUGCGAGCGCAUGCAGGCGUUAAUAAAGAAGCUGGAAACAGAUCGUGAAGCAACAGGGGCACAGAUCCGCGCGGAAAGGUUGAAAUCGGAGCGGCUAGAACAUCUUGUCGCCAUGGAGAGAACCCGUCAGUUUCAGACAGAAAAGGCUGCCAAAGAUUAUCAGGAAUCAAAGGGGACGCUGGAGGAUCAAUUGCAACAGGUCAAUCAGCAGCAAGCGCUGUCGCUACAGGCAAUGAGCAGUGACAUGAAGGAAGCUCAAGCAGCGCGCGACAGUCUCAAGAAGCAGAUAUCCCAAUUAGAGGGUGACUUGGCACGCACAAGAGAAGCGCUUUCACAAUCCGAAGACCGCUGUCAUAAACUAUCUUUGGAGGUCGCUGAAUUAAAGGAACAAGUGGCGAAUAAACAGAUGGUGAUGGAAGAUCUCAUGCGCGUGCAUGAGGCAAGUGAACCGGGCGGAGUGCGAGGCAAGAGUGAUCUAGAAAGAAGGAUCAUGACUGAAUUGGAGAACACAAAGCGACAGCUGAAGAAAUAUGAGGCACAAAUCGCCCAACGUUUCCGCACCCCAGAAAAGAUUUCUCCGGUCAGUGCGAAGACUUCUGAUAAUGACCCUGGUCUAGAACAAUCUCCACACCCGCGUGGUAUCUCAUUGCCAUCAGGGAAUGACGCGGAAGCUGGGAGUAGUUCCCCCAAUUCUCGCUCCGAAGGCAGCGCCUUGGACGACUCUACGGAAGAGGAUCCUGUGGUUGAAGAAAUGCUUGCCAAAUUCGAGGCCGAGCGGCGCCACACAGGCAAGAGGAGUAUCAGCCCCGGCAAGAGUUCCUCGCCUACCCCAUCAGAAGCGCGGAAAAGUCCCUUGGUCUCCAGCGGCAAGCAUUCAUCCAAUUUGUCAACACCAGCGUCAACUACGAGCACGACCCCAACGUCAGCUGCAAAGAGUGUCGUCUCCCCGAGGCAUAGGACACCUCCGCCACCCAUAUCGAGAAGCGGGACAACUUCACCUGCACGAGAUGAAGAGCGCCAGAAACGUUUGGACGAGAGCCGAAGGUUAUUGGAGACAAUUGUACAGGUUAAGGAUGCAUUACAAAGUCCUGGGAGUGGAAGAUAGGGUGAAUUGGAAAUUGUAUAGUUAUUUGCGCUGUUGGCCGUUUGUUUAUAUAAUUUAUAUCUCUUGGUCAAAUAAUGGAAACCAAACCAAGAAAAGGGCUACUGAUAUUAUGCGACCAUCGUGAUCGAAUGAAGUCGAAAAUGAAACCAAACUGCAAACUGCGAUGAGCCAUGCGAAUCAUGAACCUCAGUUAAAAUUUCUUCCCAACACGACUGCUCUUCAUCGACACCGUCUUGCGCAAUCCCUUAAACUUUCUAGCCUCAUUUCUACUCAUCCGGUUUCUAUCCCUAGUUCCUUUUCCACCUUCCCAAAAUCCACUACCGGCAUUCUUCACGGUCUCCUUGCCGCAUUUACAGACACCCUCUUUGGUAUACGGCUGCUCGCGCGAACAGAAUCCGCACACCAUACGGGUAGCCCAAGCCAUUUCGUGCUUAUCGGCUUUCCCUUCUUCGUGACAAAUAUCGCAUGGAUAAACUUUGCUGCAGCAAGGAAAGCGAAACCACCGAUAAGAUUUCUUGUAGUGAGAGC